AUGUCGGACACAGAAAUGGAUGUCGAUUCCGGCCCCACGCCUAGUGGGGUGCGGGACGACGACCUGCAGACUCAAGCGGGCGCAAAGGCGGUGCGCAGCGUGGAAGGCUGGAUUCUCAUCGUGACGAACGUCCACGAGGAGGCGGAUGAGGAAGCAGUGCAGGAUCGGUUUGGCGAGUACGGCGAGAUUAAGAAUUUGCACCUGAAUCUUGACCGGAGAAGCGGUUACGUCAAGGGAUACGCGCUCCUGGAGUAUGCUACGCUCCAGGAAGCAAGGGCCGCCAUAAACGGCGCCAACAACACCAAAUUUCUAGAUCAAACGAUCAAUGUGGACUUUGCUUUCGUCCGGCCCCCGCCGGGCAAAGGGGGCCGUGGAGCUCGUGGAGGGCGGCGCCGGGGCAGGAGCAGGAGCAGAACUCCGGAAGGAGGCUCUCGGGAUGCUGAUGGCCAGUGA